AUGUGUUUUGACUGUGUGGUACACGAUGAUGGUUUCUGGUCUUGGUUUCUUUGUUCUCUCGGUGUGCUGUGCCCGAUUCUUGGGUUUUCAGUGGAUGUUCCUUUUUUUGGCAGUGACUUGGCCGUGGGUUUUUAUAACCCCCGCCGGCCGUUGAGAACCCCGGAUAUUGUGGAGUACUCGGUUCGUGGAGAUGAUCGGGUUCAGUUCGAUUCCAAUGGAUUUUCAUGCCACACCGAUUUUCAUUACGAUCUAUGCGUUGCAAAUAAACCUGUGAGGAUGUACAACAAAGGUUUAACUGUUUAUGUGCCAUAUGAUCAUCAGCCUCAAGUCAAGAGAGUUGUCAGGCCAUACGCAAGGAAGGAAGACGAAACAGCGAUGAAGAGUGUCUCACCGGUUGAGAUUCUUCAUGGGGACAGCACCAUUAAUCCACCACCAGCUUGCAAUUUCACCCACAACGUAACAGCUGUUGUCUUCUCUUCAGAAGGCUUCACAGGCAAUGUUUUUCAUGAGUUCAAUGAGAUUAUCAUCCCUCUGUUCAUCACUACCCGCCAUUUCCGGUCUCGAGUAAAGUUCGUCAUCACUGAUUUCGAGCUUUGGAUGGUUGAAAAGUACAGCAGGGUUAUCUCUCGGUUGUCUGGUUAUGAUGUUAUAAAUCCUGAGGAUGGGAGCGUUCAUUGUUUUCCGGGGGCUGUUAUAGGUCUUGAAUAUCAUGACAAUCUAGCCCUCAACGUUUCUGAUAGUCCAGGGGGUUAUUCCAUGUAUAAUUUCAGGAAGUUCUUGAAAGAAUCAUAUAACCUGAGAACGAACCACGUGUCUGAGCUUCGAAAGCCGGUGUUGAUGCUUAUAUCGCGGCAGAAUACGAGACGGUUUCUGAAUGAACAUGCAAUGGUGGCGAUGAUGGAGGGACUAGGCUUUCAAGUCUUAAGGGUGGAACCGGAGAGGAUGAUGUACUUGAACGAGUUCUCCGAGCUGGUGAACUCAUGUUGUGUCAUGGUUGGAGCCCAUGGUGCAGGGCUAACAAAUGAGAUAUUCUUGCCCAAUGGUGCAGUGAUGAUUCAAGUGGUGCCGUUGGGAUGUGAAUGGGGGGCAAUUACCUAUUAUGGUGGACCGGCGAAGUCGAUGGGAGUUCGAUACUUGGAGUACAAGAUCGAACCGGAGGAAAGUUCAUUGUUCGAUCUUUACGGUAAAGAUCACCCUGUCGUUAGGGAUCCGGAAUCUAUAAUGUCCAAGGGAUAUCGUGCAUUCAGGUCUGUGUAUGUCGAUGGCCAAGAUGUAAAGAUCAAUUUAGAGAGAUUUAAGAAGACCCUUGUUGAAACUAAGCAAAUUCUUGAAACCUCAAUUCCAUUUAAUCGAUGA